GAGGGCUCGGCCGCCAGCGACCGAGCGGGGCCCGGCCCGAGCGGGGCCUGGGGGUGCGACGCCGAGGGCGGGGGAGCGCGCGCCGCUGCUCCGGACCGGGCCGCGCGCGCCGCCUCAGGAACCAUCACCAUUGCUGGAACCGGACAGAAGCCCUAAGAGAAGCCAGUUAUUGGACCAUCUCUCCCUGCAGCCUCUCUGCCUACUGCUUACCAGGAACUUUGAAGUGUGGCCGUCUCUCUACUGCAGCCAUGGGGUCUGAAGAUCACGGGGCCCAGAACCCGAGCUGUAAGAUCAUGACAUUUCGCCCAACCAUGGAGGAGUUUAAGGACUUCAACAAAUACGUGGCCUACAUCGAGUCCCAGGGGGCCCACCGGGCGGGCCUGGCCAAGAUCAUCCCCCCGAAGGAGUGGAAGCCGCGGCAGACGUACGACGACAUCGACGACGUGGUCAUCCCGGCGCCCAUCCAGCAGGUGGUGACGGGCCAGUCAGGCCUCUUCACGCAGUACAACAUCCAGAAGAAGGCCAUGACGGUCGGGGAGUACCGGCGCCUGGCCAACAGCGAGAAAUACUGCACCCCCCGGCACCAGGACUUUGAUGACCUGGAGCGCAAGUACUGGAAGAACCUCACAUUCGUGUCGCCCAUCUACGGGGCCGACAUCAGUGGCUCCUUGUACGAUGACGACGUGGCCCAGUGGAACAUCGGAAACCUGCGGACCAUCCUGGACAUGGUGGAGCGUGAGUGCGGCACCAUCAUUGAGGGCGUCAACACCCCCUACCUGUACUUCGGCAUGUGGAAGACCACCUUCGCCUGGCACACGGAGGACAUGGACCUGUACAGCAUCAACUACCUGCACUUCGGGGAGCCCAAGUCCUGGUACGCCAUCCCCCCGGAGCACGGCAAGCGCCUGGAGCGGCUGGCGAUCGGCUUCUUCCCGGGCAGCUCCCAGGGCUGCGACGCUUUCCUUCGGCACAAGAUGACGCUCAUCUCUCCCAUCAUCCUCAAGAAGUACGGGAUUCCGUUCAGCCGGAUCACGCAGGAGGCGGGAGAGUUCAUGAUCACGUUCCCCUACGGCUACCACGCGGGAUUCAACCACGGAUUCAACUGCGCGGAAUCUACCAACUUCGCCACCCUGCGGUGGAUUGAUUAUGGCAAGGUGGCCACUCAGUGCACGUGCCGGAAGGACAUGGUCAAGAUCUCCAUGGAUGUCUUCGUGCGCAUCCUGCAGCCGGAACGCUACGAGCUGUGGAAGCAGGGCAAAGACCUCACAGUGCUGGACCACACACGGCCCACGGCCCUGAGCAGCCCCGAGCUGAGCACCUGGAGCGCCUCCCGGGCCUCGCUCAAGGCCAAGCUCCUCCGCAGACACAUUAGUCUGAAAGAAAACAGACACUGGAAAAGGACUGAGGAGGAGAGGAAACCAAAUCUAGAGAGGAAGAAAGAGCAGACCAGGAGGCCGGGGCUGUCGUCCCACCGGAAACGGAGCCAGCCCAAGAAGCCCAAGCCCGAUGACCCCAAGUCCCCGGGCGAGGGGGUGGCUGGGGCGGCCCUCCUGGAGGAGGCCAUUGGCGGCAUGAAGGAGGAGGCCAUGCCGGAGGCCGACCCCGAGGAGGAAGAGGAGGAAGCCCAGCCGCUGCCGCCGGGCCGGGAGGCCGAGGGCUUCGAAGAGGAUGGGCGGGGCAAGCUGCGGCAGGCCAAGGCCAAGAGCGACCGGAAGAAGAAGAGCUACGGCCCCCUGCACCCCCACCACCCACUCCUGCCCCAGCUGCCACCGCCCCUGCCCGCCCAGUUCCCCACCGAGGAGGCACCCCUGCUGGAGCUCCCGGCCCCCGGCCCCGAGGCCACCGAGGAGAGCCCCCCACCACCGCCCCUCAACGUGGUGCCCCCCGAGGCGCCCGGCCAGGAGCCGGAGGUGAAGCCGCGCCCCAUCAUCCCCAUGCUGUACGUCGUGCCGCGGCCCGGCCUGGUGGCGGGUGACAAGGCCCGCGUGUCCUGCCAGCAGGCCUCUGAGCACUUUGCCCAGAAGGGCCCCACCUGGAAGGAGCAGGCGGCCCCCAUGGAGCUGACGGGGCCAGGGGAGGAGAGCAGAGCCAGCGAGGUGCAGGCUCCAUCAACCUUUUCCAAGUUGAAGAUGGAGAUCAAGAAGAGCAGGCGCCACCCUCUGGGCAGGCCGCCCACCCGGUCCCCGCUGUCCGUGGUCAAGCAGGAGGCCUCAAGUGACGAGGAAGCCUUCCCUUUCUCUGGGGACGAGGACGUGGGCGACCCUGAGGCCUUGAGGUCGUUGCUGUCCCUGCAGUGGAAGAACAAGGCGGCCAGCUUCCAGGCAGAGAGGAAGUUCAACGCGGCGGCCGCCCUGACGGAGCCCUACUGCGCCAUCUGCACCCUCUUCUACCCAUACAGCCAGUCCCUACAGACCGAGAAGGAUAUUCCCCAGGCCUCCCUUGGGGAGGGGCCCUUCGCCACACUGCCUUCCAAAAGCGGCCAGAAAACGCGGCCGCUGAUCCCUGAGAUGUGCUUCACCUCCAGCGGGGAGAACACGGAGCCGCUCCCCGCCAACUCCUACAUCGGCGACGACGGGACCAGCCUGCUGAUCACCUGUGCCAAGUGCUGCCUGCAGGUCCACGCCAGUUGCUACGGCAUCCGCCCCGAGCUGGUCAACGAGGGCUGGACGUGUUCCCGGUGCGCGGCCCACGCCUGGACUGCGGAGUGCUGCCUGUGCAACCUCCGGGGAGGCGCCCUGCAGAUGACCACCGACAGGAGGUGGAUCCACGUGAUCUGCGCCAUCGCCGUCCCGGAAGUGCGGUUCCUGAACGUGAUGGAGCGCCACCCCGUGGACAUCAGCGCCAUCCCAGAGCAGCGGUGGAAGCUGAAAUGUGUGUACUGCCGGAAGCGGAUGAAGAAGGUGUCGGGCGCCUGCAUCCAGUGCUCCUGCGAGCACUGUUCCACCUCCUUCCACGUGACCUGUGCCCACGCCGCGGGCGUCCUCAUGGAGCCGGACGACUGGCCCUACGUCGUCUCCAUCACCUGCUUCAAGCACAAGUCAGGGGCUCACACGGUCCACGUCCUGAGGGCCGUGUCCUUAGGCCAGGUGGUCAUCACCAAGAACCGCAACGGGCUUUACUACCGGUGCCGCGUCAUCGGCACCACCACGCAGACCUUCUACGAAGUGAACUUUGAAGACGGGUCCUACAGUGACAACCUGUACCCAGAGAGCAUCACUAGUAGAGACUGUGCCCGGCUGGGCCCCCCGCCCGAGGGCGAGUUUGUUGAGCUCCGGUGGACAGACGGCAACCUCUACAGAGCCAAGUUCAUUUCCUCGGUGACCAGUCACAUCUACCAGGUGGAGUUUGAGGACGGGUCCCAGCUGACAGUGAAGCGCGGGGACAUCUUCACCCUGGACGAGGAGCUGCCCAAGAGGGUCCGGUCCCGGCUGUCGGUCAGCACGGGGGCCCCGCAGGAAAGUGUCUUCUCGGGAGAGGAGGUGAAGGCCGCCAAGCGCCCGCGGGUGGGCACCCCUCGCGCCGCGGAGGACUCAGGGCGGAACCCGGACUACCCGGCCUUCAUGCAGAGCCUCCUGCAGGCGCCGUGCUGGCCCGGAGCCCCCUUCUAGGACAGCCGGCUGCCCAGCGACCCCUCCGCCCAGCAAGGCAGGCGCGACGGGCCCUGGCGUGUGCUUGCUGUGGACCCCUGUCCCCGCCUCCCCGGCCCGAGAGGUGACCUCGGCGACAGGAGCGGGCAGGGCGCCGCACGCGCCCCCGGACUCAGGGAGCAGGGCCACGCGCGGCUCUGGGGGGCCGGCGGGGGCACGCGCCGCCCCCUCGACCCAGAUUUGUAAACCACGUAAGCUCUUCUUCUCGAAAAGGUGCUACUGCAUUGCCUGCCUCCUGAGCAGCCUUUGAGAUUGUGACUUCUGUACAUAAAUCACCUUUGUGAGGUUCUUUCUAUAAAUACCUAUUGUUUAAAAAAAAAUGCAAGAAAAAAAAAGGAAAGAAAAGGAAAAA